AUGGAAAAACGCUUUGGCGACGCUUAUUCCUACACUCGAAAUCCCAGGGCCAAGAUCUUCCAGCGUGAUACUAUUCACGCCACGGACCUGGAGAAAGUGAAGCACUUGUUGCGCUACAACAACUGGCAGCAUGACCCUUUGUCCGCAGCAGGCUACCGGGGGCCCACCGAGCCCCGCGCACCGGAGAAUGCCAUUGCUGCGCGAUAUGAUUUGCAUCCAUGGCCAAAGGUGAGAGAAGCUUUUGGAAACACCGAUGCAAAGAUUUGCAGAGCGGCAGACUGCUUGGCAAUGCGUUUCAGUGCAAUCAGCGGACCAACAGCAGAUGAUCAGCCUCCUUUUGCAUGGGAAGGUCAAGGAGCAGAUUGGGGUGUGUGCGACAGCGAGGAGGAUCCGAUCUUGGCGGGGAGCUUCCCAGUGUGUGUCCGUGUGGUCCCAUCCAAUGCCACAAGCAUUUAUGAAUAUGAGCCCUGUCAGCAUCGCUUUACUUACGUCAGGCAACCUCAUGCUGACAGCCUUUCGCCUCGUUCUGGGCCAUCCACUGGUGGCACCAAUGUCUCGUUGCAUGGCCGCUACUUUCCACAAGCAAGACUUGGAGGCUUGUUGUGCCGAUUUGGUGAAGGAACUACUAGUUCGGUCGCUCCUGCAAGAUGGAUAAGCAGACAGGAGAUUACUUGUGUUUCUCCGCAGGUGAUUGGUGCCUUUGAUGCCACAAGGACAGUGCCAGUGACUAUCUCCAUCAAUGGGGGGUCUGAUUGGACGCCAAGCACUGCCUACUUCAGCUUUGUGAAGGAGUUGCGAGGCACAGUCUAUCCAAGCUUUGGCCCACGGCGAGGUGGAACACUGCUAGACGUUCACGUACCGCGAGACACCGACACUGAGUUCAAUGAGCUCUCACAGGUGGUCAGCUGCUGCUUUGGCCAGCCUCCGGCAACCAUCAUGCCAGCAAGCAGGAUCUCAGAUACGCUCUACCAAUGCAAGACACCACCCUGGCCGCAGAGUCCUGCUCAAGUGAGCAUUGGAGUGGCACAGGCAGACGGCCGAUGCCAAAGUCCUCCCUAUGCCAAAUUCGACUACGUGGAGCCAUGGAAAAUCACCAGGAUCUAUCCUUCUGAGUUUGAUGAGAAGCAACAGGCAGAAGGUUUCAGGUUGUUCAUCUCUGGAGAGAAUUUCCUCCCAGCGAAAACAGCGACCUGUCGCUUGGGUGGCCGCAUUUUGGCGCCCGCAGAGGUGAUCGGAACCAACUACACACUCUUGUGCAUGGUACCUCCAACAGGCUUCCAACUCGAGGGUUCGCCAGGUGGCCGCACAUACGAAGUCGAGGUUGCCAUCAAUGGCCAGGACUUUGUUGGUGGCACUCCACCUGUGCUGGUGCGUUUCGUCACGGCCACUGCGAUUGUCACCGUGGAGCCUGCAAACGUCUCUGCUCUGGGGCACUUGCCAUUGACUGUGGCAGGAUCAGGGCUGAGUGCAGAUGUCCGCUAUUGCAUCUUUGGGGAAGAUGAACGCGCCAUUGAGGUGCCUUUAGCAUCACUGGCGAGUGAGCGAGAAGUGGUCUGCAUCACUCCACAUUGGGAGAUUCGUCCUUAUGGUGCUGUCUCCGAGCGUGUCAUGGUUCGACUUGCCUCUGAUGGUGUGGGCACGGCAAGGAGUCCUUCCGCUUACGUCACCUUUGUUGCUUAUCCAUAUGCCCACACUGUAGAUCCAAAUGAAGGGCCAGUCGAAGGCGGCACAAUUGUUCGAGCGUAUGGCCAUCACUUCAAGCCCUAUGGCGAGGACGUCCUCAUGCAGUGUGUCUUUGGCUCUCGAAAGAGCAAGGCACUGAUCAUCUCUGACACCGAGCUGCAGUGCACAUCCCCACCAGUAGACGGAGCCUACUCACCUACAGGCUUUUUGGCCAAUUUCGAUUUGGAGACCAUUCCAGCUCAACCCAUGGUGAAGGGCACCACUCCGGCUUCCAAUCAACAGCCCAUGAAGCAGCUCACUUUCUACUAUCGGCGUUUUGUUCCGAGCAUUUCCUGGGUUGAGCCUUUGAGUGGUCCUGAGUUUGGAAACACCUUGGUUUCUCUACGCUCUGAUGUCCCAAUCUUGAACUCACAGAACAUCAAGUGCUUGUUCGGGAACAUCCCAGUGCCGCUCUUCUUGGUCACUCAAAACGAGGCCACUUGCACUUCUCCCGCCUUUAAUCAGCCUGGCAUGGUGGAGUUCACACUAUCUGCGGAUGGGCAGAACCGGGUGCAGAUCGGACCCAAUGGCGAAGCUGUGCGUUUUACCUACUACAUCACGCCAACUGUCGCCAAGGUGACGCCGUCAUUUGGAUCAUCCAGAGGUGGGACGAUAGUUCAACUGGAAGGCGCGCACUUCAUCAACGAUGGCCGGCUCACCUGCAAAUUUGGGGAUCUUACUGUGCCUGCGUUCCGCUUCAUCUCCAGCGCAUUGGUGCUCUGCAGGACGCCAAUUGCUCCACCUGGAGAGGUGCAGGUGUACCUGUCAAACAAUGGCCAGAACUUUACUGGUGGCAGUGACGCCAAGUUCCAAUUCUUGGGCUUCACCUACUUCCACUUGCAUCCAUACCUGGGCCCAAUCAGUGGGAACACCACUGUCCUGGUCGAGUCUGCGACUGUGCCAGUUGGUGCCUCUUCAUCGAUUCGAUGCAGAUUUGGCACCCUGACGGUGCCAGGCGUUCGCGUCAAUGACACAUUCUUGCAGUGUGUGUCUCCUGCAGUUGUGACACAGGGCGAGGUCAAGUUCGAAGUGGCGCUCAAUCAGCAGGAUUUCGUGGAGGCAACUCAGAAGUUCCUCUACUACGAGAACCCGAGGAUCACUGCAGUUGAUCCACCCUUGGGUCCAAAUCACAAGGGCCUCAGCAUUCGACUCUUGGGUCAAGGGUUCAUCAGCACGAACUAUCUGAAAGUUCGAUUUGGCGGCAUCUCCAUCGAGCCGGAAGGGCUGCACUUGGUGCAGACGGCACUCGCGUCCACGGACACAGAGGUUGUAGUGGAGCUGCCGAAGAUCACCUUGAGUGAAGACAUGACUCGAGUGCCUUUGUACGUUUCCAACAACGGGCAAAACUUUGCUCCUGAAGGAGUCUUAGCUUGGGAUCAAGAUGAAGAUGCUUACGAUGUGGCGAAGAGUAUGGCAUACUUCACCUUCCAUGAGCAGAUUUUGCUGCGAAACGUGGAUCCGGAGGUUGGUAUCACCUAUGGUGGAGGCUUCGUUUCUGUCUUCGGCUAUGGCUUCCUAAACAGCACCGGUUUGAACUGCUCCUUCGAAUGGAUUGGCUCUCCUUCGGUGGUGUUCAUUUCAUCCUCGCAGAUCAUGUGCGAGGUGCCCAAUAUGCUUGCAGCCCGAUCCAGCAAGGCUUUGGGUCAUGCCACCUUGCGAGUGACACUGAACAACAGGGACUGGUCGCGCACAACCUUGCCCUUCCGCUUUCUGGGCGAAUGCCCCAUCGGUCACUAUUGCCAGCACAAGAACUUCAAUGAUUUCACCUUCCGCAUCAUGCCCUGCCCUGCCGGGCAUUUCUGCGAGAGUGCUGGAAUGAGUACUCCGACACCAUGUCCCCCGGGAAGUUACAUGGCUUUCACAAGACAGGUUCAAUGCCAGUUGUGCCCGAAAGGUUUCUGGUGUCCUCGUGCACGAAUGAUUGAGCCAAUUGCUUGUCGUCGUGGUUGGGUUUGUGAUGAACCAGGCUUGGUGGUGCCGUACAAGCGAUGUCCACGUGGCUACUACUGCGAAGAGGGUGUGGCCACGCGCGAACCGCGCAGCACGCUUUAUUUGGACAAGAGAAAGCCCAAGCCCUGUCCACCUGGUUUGCACUGCUUCGAGGGGGCACAAGCACAAAAUUCCAAGCCGGCCAACUUCUCGACGCCACAGCCCUGCUAUCAAGGCCGAAAGAGCCAGGGGAGCGCUGUCAUCAGGUAUUUCUUUGAACUGACUGAACAGUUCUUGAAGUGGAUGGUACAGAAAAUGUUCAUUGCCGACCUGUGCCAAUCCUGCAACCUGGUGGACUUGGACAAGACAUUUAGCUUGACCUGGACCGUCUUCCCGCCAUAUCCUGUUCCAGGAUACAGCCUGUCCUUCUUUUGCUCUCCACACAUGUUGGACUGGGAUGAAGACCCUGAAGUCGACACCGUUUUGGAAGAAGGCUGUGGCCUUGAUGGCAAAGAUGCAGAUGAGUUGGGUGGCGACAACGAGAAAUGCAAUCAGCAGGCUGCUGCAACGAAGAAAAGAGUAUGUACGGUUUUUGAGAAGGUUCGAAAUCUUUGGAAGAAGAUCAAAGCUGCAGUGCAGAAAGUUGUUGACAAACUUCGUUCUGUUAAAACAGCUUUAUUUGGAUACAGCUACGCACCGGCAUUUGUGCGCAGUGAAAUGCAGCAACGAUUUGAUGGCUUUUUCCCAGAAGAUGAUGGAUCAGCGCGCUCGAGUUCACUUCUACAGGAAGACGAACACGAAAUCACAGAGGAGAAAGUUGAGAAGGCAUUGCAUGACCACCUUGCUGGUAAACCGGACAAGUUUGUGCAGAACCACCUGUCUUUGUUGCAGCGCAAUUUGGAAGAAGUGGAGCAGCACGAAGAGGAGUUGAUGAGAGAUGCCAUGCGACGUCUCAGGGACCAGACGCAGAAGAGUCAGCAGAUGUUUGAGCAGAAGCUUCCAGAGAUAAUCAACAACAAGCAUUGCCAAGAGGCUCUUGGAACGUCGGCAACGGGCAGUUCUUUGACUUCUACUCUGACAGUAUCUUUCCCAAACGUGGCUACUGCAAUCUUGAAUGCCGUCCUUCUGAACUUCGCUGGUGCCUUGUACGCCCUGAUUCCGGGCGUAUACAUGUCUGCAACGCCCAAAGGAUUUGAGUCAGUAGGAAGCGUCGAUCGAUGUUUGGAGGCACUUCAAAAGAAUCAGCUGCCAUUGCUGGACUCGUGUGCUCAAGAGCAGCCCCUCAUGGCGUGUACUACGCGGACCUAUCAGCGGAUCAUGGAAAAUGCGCUUUCUGAGCAGUGGUGGCCUUUGAUGCACAACUCUGAAGGGACCUUUGGUUCAAUCGAUUUGGGCUACAAGUACGACGAACUCAUGAACUCUCUGCGAUGCUCUUCCAAAGGCAGCUGCGUCGAGAAAGGCUUGGAUCACUUGGGCAAAGACAACUUGAAGGAAAUCUUGGAGAACAACAGCGCUAAAGAGGCUGAUCGACUCAAUGAGAUGCAAUGCUCCUUCGCAGCAAACCGUGUGGACUCGGAAGAUCAGCAGACGGCGACAUCUGGAUACACUUUACCGGUGUUUACAGACAAGAUUUGGGCCGUGGCAUUAAAAGCUCAUGGUGCAACGUUUGGAGAUGUUCAGGAUAUCAACAAACCAUGUCCCGACAUCUUGCCCUGGGUUGUUGCAUUUUGUGCUACAGAGUUCAGCUGCAUGGACACAAGCUCCAGUGAUCUUCAAGUUGCACAGGCUCGUGCGGCUGAGACAGUGGCACCAUUGCAGGAGAGUCUCGGAAGCAAGUCACUUUCCGAAGCACAGAAAGAAGCUUUUGCUGAGAAGUGGCAAACUCUCGUCCAUUCCAAGUUUGAUGGUUUGGAUGAUGAAGAAGAUGCUUUUCAGUGGAGUCUACUUUGGCACAUGGCCAACGCCACCAACAGUGCUGGCCUCAUGUCGUCUUGGCCAGAGAUUCUGGAGGCUUUGUCAGGCAAAAGGACAAUAGACUGGAGCAGCACUCGACUCCAUUGGGAAAAAGUUCUAUUCACAGCACUUUUGAGACUGCAAAUUCGCGAAGUGCAUUCACAUGAUCCUACUGAUGUUCAGGACAAGCGCUCAUUGUCCCAAGUGCUCUUGAACUUGCAAAGCAUUUACGAGACGAAGAUUUGCUCGCCGGGAGCUCUGGGAGGUUUAAAGGAUGAGCAUUUACGCAGAUUGGGCGUUGGCAAGGAGGAUUUAGUCCAACUGGCACUUCAUCAAAUCGACAAGGAGGAAGUCAUAAAGGGCUUGUGGAGGAACUGGAUGGUGCUCCAUGUGCAAGUGCCCUCCUCCAAGAAGCAUUUUCUGAAGGCCUUGAGAGAGAGCAAGUGCCGUUGUAUGUGCUACCAGGCAUGUGGAAAGUUUAAUCUUCAUCCUUCUGCGGCGGCAAAUUGUCAGGAAAUAGCACAUCCUGCAAACAUCACUGCUCAUCAAGAGAAGUGGACAAGGAUCAAGGAGAUCAGAGUCAAGCGCGCAGUCAUAGAUCGCAUAGGAUUGCCUGCUCAUCAAGUCCUUACAAAUGCAGUGUAUUUGAAGAUUCUCCGGAAGAAGACGAUUAGUGGCUGCAGCAGUCAGCUCGAAGUGAGGAGCAGGUACUCUCAACCGUUACGUGGGUUUAUUUCAGCGUGUUCCGUCCCAGAAUACUUUGAACAGAGUGAAGAUCUGGGGCUGACAAUCACACUUUGGACGGAUCCUCGCCAUGAAAAACUCUACAGUUAUGAUGAUUUUCUGCGACUACAUCGACCAUACCGGACCUGGUCAGAUGCUGCAUUUGAGGAUGAGGAUGACGAGGACGACUACCUGAAUGACGACCAUGAUUCCGAUGAAGUUACGGAUCUUGAUAUCGAGAAUCUUGAUCUUGAUUUCGACACAAAUGACGACCAUGAUUCCGAUGAAGUUACGGAUCUUGAUAUCGAGUGCGGGCCGUACCCCGGCAACACAGAGCCAGUGGCUUGCCCAGCAGGACGGCAAUGGGGAGACAGCCCUCACAGUCGCAUGCGCCUCCCAUUGCCUUGCCCAUGUGGCUACGAGUGCAGAGAUCGUGGCACUACGCGUGCUCAGAAUCUUUGCCCAGCUGGUCUCAUGUGCGACGAGGGCGUCGCAACCAAUAUCGAGCCCCAGCUCUGUGAACCGAAAACCUUUGACAUCCGAGUGGACACAAGUCUUAGCAGAGAAAGAGAGAAGAUUUGUGUCUACGGCAUCGGGCAGCAGUUUGUUGAGUACCAGAGGUUGCUUACAGUUCCUCGAGUGGCAGAAAGGUUUGGUUGGGGACAAGAUCAGUUCGUCAACGGAACUUUGGUGGGUAGAGCAGCUUGCUGCUGGUCGCCAGAGAGAUUGUCCAGUUCCUUCGAUAGCAUUGCGGCAGACUUCAAGGCUGCAAAUGACACCCUGUCUGCACGUAGUUUCGCACGCUUGUCAGCCUCAAUUCAGAGUCGGACUGCAGCAGAGCGAAACCUGGACCUCUUUGCUCCAGGCUUCGAUGGCCUCACGCUCUUGAACAUCACGGAUGACCAGUUCCGAGAAGACCUGGUGAUUCUCUACCCGAAGGCGUUUUAA